CCCAGCAACUCCAGCUCGAGCCCAGCGCGUCUCCAGGCGGUCCAGACCAGCCGGUCCAGGAGCAGUCUAGCAGGUCCAGCAGCUCCGGUUCGUGUCCAAGGAGGUUCCCGAGUGGUCCGAUGAGUCCGAUUCACUUACCGAAGGUCCGAGACGAUCCGAUGAGCUUGAUGAGCAAUUGGAGCACCAUGGUGACUCUAUUAGAAUCGAGAAAGGCAAAGUCUAGCCGCCCAUUAGACUUUGGUGUUCAGACGAUCUCCAUCAACGGAAAUCAGAAACAUCUCAGAGAGUCCGCGGGUUGGACGCGCGAUUACACGGGCCGACCAAUGAAGGUUGCGCAAAGGAAAGGCGCACAUGGCGCUUGGAGGUUAGGCAGAGUGGCGCGCAGGGGGAGGUUGUUGGGUGGAUGGCGCGCGAGGGGAGUUGUUGCGGAUGGACGGGCGCACAUCGAGCGAUGGGUGAUGCGCGGGCAUUGGGCGCGCCGGACAAUGAGCGCGGGGCGCACGGCGACACGCGAGGCACAAAUCAAGACCGGGGUGGUAAGCCUAAUCCUCGUAGGAAUAGGCAAGGCGCGAAUACUAAUCCCCGCAGGAAUAGGAAAAACAGUUAAGUGCCAGAACGCGCGUGGAAGAUCGGUGACGGGAGUAAUCCUCGGAAGAUCAGGAAACGUAACCGGGAGCAUAUUCCUAGUAGGAAUAGAAAUAGUGGAUAUUGGCUCGAGGCAUGAUCCUAUAAGGAAUAGGAAUGGCGCAUGUGGGGCGCGAGGCCUUAAGCCUCGAGGCGAGAGGACAUACAUGGGCGAAGGCGGUGCAGCCCUAGUGCUGAUCGUGCCUUUAUCUAUCUAUCUUUUUUCUUUUUUUUCGGUUUGCCUUUUGCUGAGGGACCGAUUUUCUUUUCUUUUUUGGUCGAAAUUUUCGAAUUUCUAUUCAAAUUUUUCAUUUAUUUUUUCGUGUCUUAAAAAAAAGUGUCAUCUUGUUAGUCCUUUGUUUAAUUUUUUAUUACCUUUUGUUGAGGGGCCGAAUUUCUCUUUGUUUUAUUUUAUUUUUGAUUCAAAUUUUUUCGAAUUUUUAGAGUCAAAAAAAAAAAAAAAAAUGUUGUUCGAGCCACUAGUUGAGUGGGAUCAAGAGGAUCUCGAAUACCUCGAAAAUUUGGAGAGGGAAUUAACCCCUUGGGAGCAAGAUUAUUUGGAGGAGAUGUACGAGCAAAAGGAGGAGUAUGAAAGACAACUCAAGAUCAGCGAGGAAGAGAUCUUGCUCGUGGGCGAAGAGGGUGAAGCGGCGCACAUCGACGGCGAGGCCGAAGGAGUCGAAGGGGCCAAGGUCAUUGGUGCGAUCUUGGUCGUGGGUGAUGGGUGCAAAACGUGCGCACGGGAACAGCGCGCGCAACACAUCGAGGUCGUGGCCGGAGGAUCCGAAGUGCUCGCAGUCGGAGAGGAGAUGUAUGUCACGGUCGAAGCAGGCCAUGAUGAGGAGACAUAUGCACAGUGCGAUGCAGAUGGAGAGGUGGUCGAAGUCGAGAGCGAGAUCUUGGCCGUGGUCGACGAGGGCCAUGACGAGACACGUAGGAGGAACAAUACGGAUGAAGGGGAUGCGACGUUCCAAUUUGAGACUGAAGAAGAUGUGCCCGAUGUUUGGAUGGUCGAGGAUGAAUCCUUGAGGACAAGGAAAGUCUCGAAGAGGAGGGGAAUGAUACGGAAGUGGAUUCCGAACCCCGAUGACGAGAAGGUCCCAGAGCUAAGACAACCCAAGGAGGCCAGAAAAAGGGCCAAAACGAUGCAUGCAUGGCCUAAAAGACGAGUACGAGCUCGUAUGCGAGGUGCACGAGCACGUAAGGAACGUCAAGGGUCAACUACACGGGGGUCGAACAUGAGAGGGUCGAAGCUCGUAGGUCAAGGGAUAGCGCGCGACCAAGCACGAGGAGGAGUCCGCGGGUUGGACGCGCGAUUACACGGGCCGGCCAAUGAAGGUUGCGCAAAGGAAAGGCGCACAUGGCGCUUGGAG